AUGGCCUCCCUCAUUUCGCGCACCAUGCGCCCGGCCGCCCUACGCCGCAUUGUCUCCGUGCCCGUUAGACUACUCACCACAACAGUCUCACGGCGAUCCGAUAAUCUCUCAUCCUCGGAGCUCAAGGUGGGUGAGCUUCAGGGUGCCAAGUUCAGAGUCGAACCUCUACGCAGGGUGGGUGAGGAUGACGCUACCAAGCGGGCUCGCCUUGUCUACCAGUCGCGAAAACGAGGUACCUUGGAGUCUGAUCUUCUGCUAUCCACUUUCGCAGCCGCCCAUCUGCCCACGUUGUCCCCAGAACUUCUCGAUCAGUACGACUUACUCCUCGACGAGAACGACUGGGAUAUUUACUAUUGGGCGACGCAAAAGGAGCAAUUGUCCACGACGAAUCCUUCGUCCGCCCAGUCACCAUCUACCGCUGACAUUGACAUUGACGCAAAGCCUGAAAGCGAUCAGAUUACCCGGCAUCCCCCUUCGGGCGAAUGGGCGCAGACCGUGGGCAAUUUCAAGCCCGCCUACAGGCCCGUGCCUGCGCGCUGGAAGGACAGUGAAAUCCUUGACAAGUUGAGGGCCCAUGUGAGAAGCCGGAGUGUUGACGGUGGCGAGGGUGGUGGUAUGGGUUUCAUGCCUCCUCUUGAGCCCCCUGAGGUCAAGAACUAG